GGAACGAAGAAGUAGAUGGAGGAGAUCCACUCACAGGAUUCUGCGUUGUUGAUUUGUGUGUGGAAGUAUCGUGGGUUUUGCCCUGCCUCCAUUGUUGCUCGUCUGCUGAAAUAAGUUGUACCCCAGCAGGCCCCUCUUCAGGUCCAGCGGGUUCUCUGAAAUAUCACCACCACCACCACCACCACCACCACCACCACUACAAGACUACCACUGCUGCUGGUGAUAAAAUGACAGUCACCUACACCACCAAGGUUUCCAACACUAGUUUCUGCGGAUUUUCCAAGCUUCUAUUCAGAUGGCGCGGCAGUGUGUUCAAGCUGCUCGCCGCUGACCUCAUUGUUUACUUCCUGCUUUAUUUCUCCGUGGCCGCCAUCUACAGAUUCGCCUUGCGGGAGAACGAGAAGAGAGUGUUUGAGAAGAUCGCCAUAACGUGUGAAUACUUCCGCAACGUGUUCCCUAUCUCUUUCGUGCUGGGUUUCUACGUGACAAUCGUGGUGCAGCGGUGGUGGGAGCAGUACAUGCUGAUCCCCUGGCCCGACACCGUGUGCAUCAUGGCCUCCACUUACAUAGAGGGCCAGGAGCUUCUGAGGAUGGCUUAAGACAGAGUUCUAUGUCACAACAAGCCUCAGCUGGAGAGAAGGACAAGGCAUAGCCAGGCAUUACCAACUCACACCCAGGUUUUGCUGGCCCAGAGACUGUUUGCCAGUGGGCCCUUCCAAAACGUCAUUGGAGACACUGCAGGACCUAUGCAAGCAAGUGUCAGCAGGGUCUUCAAGUGUGUGUGUGCACCGUGUUGAGUGAUAAGUCGGUGCAGGAAAUCAAGAUGCCUCCGACACACCUUGAUCAAAGGAGAACUGCACACCAGUUCUUCAGGAUUAAAAAUUUCUUAAGGGUUAUUGGGGCCAUUGAUGGCACCCACAUUGCCAUCAAGGCCCGAAGAGUGGACGAGGCCCUCUACUUUAACUGGAAAAGGUAUCACUCCCUCUGAACAUCCAACUUGUUUGUGAUGCGAAUGGAGUGAUCCUCAGCUACUGCUUCAGAUUCCCAGGACCUAUGCAAGCAAGUGUCAGCAGGGUCUUCAAGUGUGUGUGUGCACCGUGUUGAGUGAUAAGUCGGUACAGGAAAUCAAGAUGCCUCCGACACACCUUGAUCAAAGGAGAACUGCACACCAGUUCUUCAGGAUUAAAAAUUUCCUAAGGGUUAUUGGGACCAUUGAUGGCAGCCACAUUGCCAUGAAGGGCCAAAGUGUGGAUGAGGCCCUCUACUUUAACUGGAAAAGGUAUCACUCCCUCUGAACAUCCAACUUGUUUGUGAUGCAAGUGGAGUGAUCCUCAGCUACUGCUCCAGAUUGCCAGGUGCCUGCACUCUUGUGGAGGUGGCUUGCAGUACAGACCCAUCAAGUGUGUCAAAAUAAUUAAUGCUUGCCUGCUCCUACACAACUGCUGCAUCAAGUUCCUGAUGACCUACCACCUCUUGAGGAUGAAGCAGUGCCCCAUGCUGAUACCAACCCUGCUGUGCUGUAGAGGGAUCAGUGUGCUCCAGGCAGAAUUGUGUGGCAAGAAAUCAUACAAAACUUCUUCCAGCAAUGCAGUAAGGAAGUGAGAUUAUCAAAGUGCCUGGGACAUGUUUUGUACAGCCAGCUGCACCAUCACCAGCUCGUCCAUACUCAGACUAAUCUGCUGUUGGGUUUCCUGUGCUUGAGAGAGAACUUCCAAGUCAGAGUGGCCAUCUGAAAUACAGUUUAGAAGCAAACAUGACUACACCUCAAGUUACAAAUGCAGAUGAUACAGCAUUGUCAAAUCCAGAGGCCCCUGUGGACCCAGCGACACCAGCAGAAGAGGGUUGGAUGGCUCCAACACUACUGCUGGUGGAAGGCUGUGGUCCUAGAGGCCCUGACACUUCUGGAGAAAAAAAAAAAAAAAAGCUGUCAUUACUGCAGGGUAUGGCAGUCCUGCAAAUGUUGUGUGAGACAACAUCCACAGCAUGACCAACUCCACAGCAGUGUGUGCUGUCUCAUCUGGAGGCCCCCACCUGCAUGGAUAUGAAUGUUGCAGUUAUCACCCACUUAGAAGUUCACAUGUAAAGCCAAAUCAACUUGGUGCAUCAUGAAUGCAUUAGAGCACAAUAAUGUUAUCUAGCACUGCAGUGGUCACUGUCUCAGACCUGACUGCCAGAGGUACUGUACGUACUCCUAUUUAUAAUCCAUUGCUUAGUUGGUUCUUGGUUAUGUUUAUUGACUAUAUGAGUAAAUUUUGUAACAGCACCAAUAAUUAAAUACAACAUGUACACAAGAACAAACUUCUUUUUAUACAACUGCAGGGGUUUUAAGCACUGCUAACAAUCACCUAACCUAACUAAUCUAAACAUAACUUAACCCUCCUUCCUCAACAAAGUAAAAUCAAUAUUCAAGAAAUAAAAUUUAAUACAGCAGUUUGUGUCUCAAAGGCUGACCAGAAAGAAACAUUUUUUUUCUUCCAAUAUGUAACAAAGUCAUACAGAGGAAUUUGUUCAUAUUACUCAAAACAAUGUUCAGCAAUGCCCAAAACAUUAGUUAAUUAAAUUCCAUCAGCAAUUAGGUCAAGACAAAAUAUGAAUCAAAUAUGGUAGUGUGGGUAAAUUUUUACUCUUUCAUCUGUUUAUCUUUUCCACAUGAAACUAUUUGCUUUUUGUUAUUUUUGGCCUACACUGAAUUAGUAUGUUAAUCAAACCUGAUGUAACCUUACCAAAGUAAUCUAACAAAACCAAAAUAAUAUAACCUAACCUAACCUAACCUCAAAUAUCUAAAAUAACCUUGCUUCUCUAAAAAAAAAUAUGUACAUGUAGCUGUUUAACAAUUGCUGUCAUUAUCAUAAUUAAUUUGCAGUUGGUAUGUGUGGGGUUCAAAUUAGUCUGGAAUGACAAAAUGUAUCUGAUGAGAAGGAGAAGAAAAGCCAUGUUGAGACUGGUGAAGGAGUAAAAGAAUACCCUUCUGUGUGUCUGCUGGAACCAUAAGCCAUGAUUUCACUUACUUGCAGCAGGACGUCACACCAUUUUUUGUAAAUAUCACAGUAAUAACAAUCAUAUAGCUCUCUGUCCCUCUUCUGUGUCAACCGCACCAUGCUCGGUCUGCAACUUUGCUAACCAAAAUGUGAUAAGAAUAACCGAUUAACUCGCCAGUGUCUGCAGUGUGACGUUGUUUGCAGCACCCUUGUUCUUGACAUGGGUCGCAGGUCCUUCAAUUUCCUCUGGACCUCAGGAUAGGCAAUUGCCGUGAGGGGAAGAUGGCUGAGUCUGGGCAGGUUGAGAGAUGUGAUGCUCAGCAGGGUGGAGAGUGGGUAGCGAAGUGCAGUGCGGUAGGAGUAGACACGCUGCCAAAGGAGCAGGAAGUGGUCCUUGGUCUCGGAGGAGCAGCCCUGUACCAAGGGCAGAAGGGGUUGCUUUAUCAAAGUUUGUAAACAAUGUCGCGUGACUCCCUUUUGUGGUGUCAGUUUUGCUGUCCACCGCACCCCGAUUCUACACCACCUCCACCAAGGUCAAGGCCUCGGUGUCAGGGAAUCAUUGUCUCCUUGUUUUCUUAGGGGGUUCAGUAGCCAUGAUGAAAGCAUCGUGAGGACAGUUGAGUGCGGUGAGUGGUGACAUUGGGUGUGUGACGCUGUAUCAAAGUUUGUAAACAAUGCCGUAUGAUUUCCUCUGCAAUAACAAAGCAUCCUGGGAUUGGCUGCCUUGCAUGUGACGUCGAGUCAGUGACGUAUCACUCGGGCAGCCAAUGAGGACGCUGAGGGGGUUAGCAACCUCCACCCGCCAACCGCAGAAAUUCUUUGUGGAUACCGUUUCUUGGAGAUUGUAAUGCGGUUGCUGUGAGAGCGGAGUUAUACCAUUUGCCCGAUCACAGGAUGUUAGGCAGAAACCUGUUUCAUGGAUCUGGCCCAUGGAGGGGGAGAGGGACGACCUGGAAAUCUGUUCUUGUUUUCUUUAUCCUCUCUCUCUCUCUCUCUC